CAUGUGGCGGCGGCAGUCAUGGCGCGCGCCCGCCUCGCGGCGCUGCUGCUGGCGUCCCUCGCCGCGCUCGUCGCAUCAGUGGAGGAGGAGUGCACAGACUGGGAAGGCAAGUCCAUCCCUCACGGACUGCUCUACGUGCCAGGCCCUGGCGUGUGUUCACUGUGCGUGUGCUACCACUCUGAACCCAUGUGGUGCAAGGCUAUCUACUGUGACCCGCCUUAUUUCUGCAAGAACUUCAAGGUGGGCGAGCGAUGCUGCGAGUUCGAGUGUCUGGACCCUCCAGGGGAGGACACCAGGUACCGCGAGCGGCAGCGGCUGCGGGCCCUGAUCCUGGCUGGAAACUCCUCGGCCACCCACCUCGGACCUUCGCCAGAAGUCAAAGCGGGGAUAUCACUACUAGCCGUCGCUGUGGCUAGACUUGUAUGAAAUUCAUUGGGAAUUAAGGACGGAUGCGUCUAGUUUUGUGUUGGGUGCUGUAGGUUUGGGUGGUGGUGCUGUAGGGUUUAAGAUGCGUCUCUGAUAGCCACAGGCUGUGCUAAUAUGUAAUUUCAGCGAUCUAAUGAGAAGAGGUUUAGAAAAAACGAGUGAUCGGUGGUAGGAUCUAGAGUUGCGGCACAUGGAUCUAGAUUAGUAAAGGAAGUGCUUCAGAAGGUAAAUCAGAACAAGAAUGCAAGAAACUAAUUCUGUAGUUCUAUAUUUGGGAAUUAAAAGCCUAUACGUACCUGAUGAGUAGAGCCGAAGCAUGGAAAGGUAUUAUUUGGACAUUGGUUUGACCAACUAACUGAGGGACAAUUUUGAUGUGGCCUAUACAUAAAUGAUUGUUAAUAUAACCGUACCUUAUAAUUUUAAUGUGUCAUCUGCCUUAUUUAUGUUUGUAAUAUAAAUUAAUAACAUUAAUUUCCUAGACCGUGAUAAAGAACAUGAAUUAUGAAUAAAAUUAUCGGACCAAUUUUAAGUAACCCAGUAGUUUUGUGUGACGUUGUCGUUUUCGGUUCAUUAAUUUCCGUGUUAAAUGUGCUGUGUCCGGUAGAUUUAUACAUACUCGAUAUAAAUAGGUAACUACUAUGCUAACUGAGGCUUAGAUACCAAAGACUCGGACCCUAGUGUGCAAAAUCAGCUUAGCAGAAAUGGCAUAAGUAUAUUUUACCCGACAUGGUAGGUAUGUCACUAUUAUGUAGG